GGAACAGUAAGGAGGCGUGAGAGUGCGCGGAAAUGAGUAGGGGCAAAAUCUGUAGAUGUUGACAUAGUUUUAUCCGUAACAUGUUUUCAGUAGACUAACUCAAAAACCUCACGGAUUCAGCGAUGGAGUGCGACAUUUUGGACUCGUUAGAGCAACUUGGCUAUGACGGUCCUCUGCUGGAGGAGAAGGUGCUGCUCGGAGCCGCAGAGGGAGGCCUGUCGUCGCCUGAGUAUGUGGACCUGUGCAGGUGGCUGGCAUCCAAGUUAAAGCCGCUGUGUGAUCUGGAGGAGAGCAUUACUUCCGGUCCAGACGACAUGGACAGCCUUCAGGUGGAGAUGAGUGGUCUGCUGAAAGAGUUGCACUGUCCUUAUGGAGAAGUCGUGUCAGGGAUCCUUAAGGGCAUUGUACGAAAUGCAAAAGAUCAUCUCAAGUGUGUCUUGUUCCUGACCUCUGAGCUCCAGGCAGCGCAGAUCGUGAUGAGCAGAGGACUCGCUCAUAAACAACCAGAAGAGAGUCCGGUGCAUCAGGAACUCCUGGCAAUCUGUGAAACCCUGGACCUACCAGAGCCCAGAGGACAGGACGCAGCUGGAGUUUUAUCUCAAGUCCAACACAAGGUGGAAGAAGUACUUAAAGAUCUUCCAAAUAGCUCCAUUGGAAACCCAUUGCUAAAGAAAUCUUUAUGCAGUGAACAAUGGGAGAAGUUGCACAACAUAAACACAGCUCUGUCUUCAGAGUACGAGUGUCGGCGCAGGAUGCUGAUCAAACGGCUGGAUGUCACAGUUCAGUCAUUCGGGUGGUCAGACAGAGCCAAGGUAAAGGUGGACAGCAUGGCCAAGGCCUAUCAGCCAAGGAGGCACUCUCUGAGGCCACAGUCCACAGUGGGUAUGGCUGAGCUGCUGGCGGCCAGAGAAGACAUCUGCAACGUGGUGAAGACCAGCAGCGGCUCCAGCAGGGAGAAGACAGCUUGUGCUGUCAACAAGAUCCUGAUGGGGAGAGUCCCAGACAGAGGAGGACGUCCCUCAGAGAUACAAGCCCCGCCUCCUGAGAUGCCACCCUGGCAAAAAAGACAAGAUGGAGGAAGAGGGGGUGGCUCGGGAGGAGGUAGGGGAAGAGGUGGUGGUGGUGGAUGGGGGGGUGGUGGUGGUGGAUGGGGGGGUGGUGGUGGUAGUGCAAGAGGAGGAAGAGGAGGAGGAGGUGGUGGAUGGAACCAUGGAGGACAUGGUGGAAAGAGAGGGAGGUACCAGUAUUAAUUUCUACUGAUUGAUCGUGUGUUUUGUUUUUUUAAGUCAUCCAAGUGUAAUGAACAUGAACUCAAUUACUUUUUAAUGUACUGACUGUAAAACAUCUUGAUUUUAGAUUAUUUAUAAUUCUAUUUUUUAUUAUCAGUUUUAUUUUUCUUUUUUCAUUUUCUCAUCAGUGUUAAGUCGAAAGAAAUACCACUCAUUGAAAGUACUUUUUUGUACAACAAAUGAUCCAACAUCACCAUACUACUGUCUAUAAUCAUACUACAUACUGAUUCUGAAGAGGGUUUGAGUAUGUAUUCUGUUCACUCUGUAAAAGUGACUACAUGUCGGUACUUAAAACUCAGUAUGGGAACAAAAGAAACCUUGACUUUUGAGUAUGUUGAGGCUCUACCACAAUUGAGGAGCUGCUCACAACUGGAGAACUAAAAUUCUUUCAAAUGUUGGAACAAAUGCUAACUGGUAGAUGAGUGUAUACUUUGUACAAUUAGUUUGCAGUAUGGAUUUGAGACGGUUUGUUUUUUUCACUGAAGUCGAAGGAACAAAAACACUACAUUUCUUUUCAGCAUAAAACAAGUUUACCAUGAACAUUUUUGCCUUUUUAAGAUUAUGUAGUUGAAGUUAAAGGCGAACGUAGAAAAGACUAAAGAGCCGUCGGUGUGAAACCCUGGAGCUGAGGAUGCCAAGAAGUUUCAAAUCUGUAUUUUACAUUUCAGACUAAAAAAAUAUAAUCUUACACCUCAUUUCCUUGAAGAUUCUGUACCAGCCGUGAUCCCUUUUCACCUCUGAAUAAAUGUAAUAAAGAUCUCUUCCAAUGAAA